CACAGUUCUCAGUCACCCACCACAAUGAACUUCUUCAUUAUCGCCGCUCUUGCCUCCGUGGCCGCCGCCGUCCCCCAGGGCUACGGCGCCCCCCCACCUCGCUACGCCUCGAGCGAAGAAGUGGCCAUCUUGAGGGACGAGCGCGUGAUCGAGGACGAUGGAAGGUACAACUUCGACAUGGAGGCUGCCAACGGAAUCGUAGUGUCUGAGUCUGGCUCUCCCGGAGCCAAGGGUGCCAUCAACAGCGCCGGGGCCUUCUCCUACACCGCCCCCGACGGCACUCCCAUCCGCCUCCAGUUCGUGGCUGACGAGAACGGCUUCCAGCCCCAGGGCGACCACCUGCCCGUGGCUCCCGAGUUCCCCCACCCGAUCCCUCAGUUCGUCCUCGACCAGAUCGCCUUCGCCGCCCAGGAGGACGCCCGCAGGCCCAGUGAACCCUCCAGCAGAUACGGUGCUCCUCAGUAAACUCAUUCCUAGACUAUCUACUGAGUACAGAAGAGGCUUUUCCGACGUGUGACUGUUUUUUUUAUGCUGUCGAGGAUGUAUUUAUUAUGGAAGUGCAAAUGAUAUAAAACUUAAGUCA